AUCAGAUGAGGUUUUCGUGCAUUUUGGAAACUUUCUAAAUAUGUCAGUGUCAGAGAAAAUUUGUUUUCACCAAUCUACUGUUAGUGUACAUUACUGAUUUUCAAUCGAGGACAUGGAUUUUCACUCUAGGUGAAUCGUCCGAUUGCUAUAGCAUUGCCACUAUUGUUUCUUAUCAGUGGUAAAUUAAGUUUUCUCUAUAGCAUAGUAUGUUAGCAUAAUCUAACAUAGGUAACCGUUAAAAUGCAUAGUAAUUCAGUCAUAACGCUGUCCAACAGCAUCAUUGGUGUGAGCAUACUUGCUAUGCCAUUUUGCUUCCAACAGUGUGGGAUCAUUUUGUCCCUCAUCAUUUUAUUUUUCAUCAGUAUCAUAUCACGACUUGCUUGUCAUUUUCUCCUGAAAUCAGCAGUAAUUUCAAGAUGUAGAAGUUUCGAAUUUCUGGCUUUCCACAUGUUUGGACCAGCUGGUAAAACAGUGAUUGAAUUAAGCAUUGUGGGUUUUUUGAUGGGAUCUUGUGUCGCAUUUUUUGUGGUUGUCGGCGAUUUAGGUCCUGCAAUAGUCAAAAGUGUUUUGAACUUGGAAAUGUCUGUUCAGGCUCUCCGUCCAGCUCUAUUAAUUGGUGUAGCAGUUUUCAUUAUUUUGCCACUGGGACUGGUCAGAGACAUUGACAGUUUGAGUUCUAUCUGCACUCUUUCCAUAGGUUUCUACAUAAUAUUAGUUUUGAAGAUAAUAGCAGAGGCAACUCCACCUAUUUUUGACUCUUCUUGGGCGGACAAAGUAAACUACUGGCGACCAGCUGGAAUUCUUCAAUGUCUGCCAAUUUUCUCCUCAGCUCUCUCAUGUCAAACGCAACUUUUUGAAAUUUUCGGAAGUUAUUUGAAUGGGCCAUUAGACAAAAUAAACGGUGCAAUAAAAUCAUCAGUCAACAUGUGUACAGCAGUAUACAUGGGUGUCGGACUUUUUGGAUAUAUUGCCUUCUGUAGUCAACCUCUUACUGGUAAUGCCUUGAUGAAUUUUCCUCCAUCUGUAACUGGAGAUAUCAUCAAAUUAGGAUUUGUUGUCUCUGUAGCUCUCAGUUUUCCGCUUGUCAUAUUCCCAUGCAGAGCCAGUCUUUACUCAUUUUUGUAUCAUCAGAAUCAUUCCUCUCACUAUGAACUUUUAACUCGAAAUACUGGUGGUUCGAGUCAAAAUGUCCUGACGCUAUUGAUUGUAACGGUUUCACUGAUCCUUGCUUUACUGGUUCCAAGUAUUGAGCUAGUUCUUGGACUUCUGGGAUCCACCAUCGGUGUAAUUCUCUGUUACAUUUUACCUUCAGUGUUCUUUACUAGACUGUUGAAGAAAAACACUAAUGAAAGGCUUUUAGCCCAGGUUGUGAUUAUUGUUGGGGUUUUUAUUAUGGUGUUGGGAACUUACACCAACUUAUUUGCAGCAGAAAAAGCUAUUUCUGGUCCAGAGAAAGAUAUGCAGCUUAAUAUUGCUAUUUCUCCUGAAAAAGAAUUUCCAUCGGAGAUUAAACAUGGUUUGGAAGAAAUGAGAGAACACAGUAUGGAAGCAUUUCAUAAUGUGCCGGAGAAGUUACACCUUGACCAGGCAAACUUGGACUUGAAAGAAAAUGCUGACCAGGUGAAGGAAAGUGAUGAUAAAAAAAAUCAAGUCAGUUUGGUUGAUAGCAACAAAGACUUGGACCAAAGCCAAGGUGAUGCCAAGAAGGAGCCAGUGAAAACUAAGUCAGAGAACCUCAUGAAAGCAACACGGAAAGAACCACCAGAACCUGUUGAGCCUGUUGAGACAAAACAUUUUGACAAUCCCCAAAAAAUUGAAGUUGAUGCAAAUUUGAAGCCCGACUUACCUGAAAAUAUGAACCAAGCAAAGUCUGAGGCAGUAAAAAAAGAAAUCAUUGUAGAUCAACCAAAAAUAGUGGCUGAUGAAUCUCUUAGACAAGAGAAGCCUGCCGAAAAGCAGGUAGAAUCUCCUAAUGAAAUCAAUGUUCCAAAAAAGGAUAAGGAAAAAAUAUACAUCCCAAAAGGAGGGAAGAUUUUCAAGAAGCUUCAUGAAAUUCCCCCAAAGAAUCCUCCUUCAAAGAAAGAUCGUGUUGUCAACAAUGUGAACCUAGAAGGAAAUCUACGACCAGAAAUUAUGGAUAAAUUAAAAGAUACUCCUCCAUUGCCGAUCGCUCUUCAGAAAAAUAUCAAUGUUUUCAAUGUCUCUCUCAUACCAGAAAAAACACCAGAGAAUGACGAUAAGGUCAAGAAUAGAGAGCUGUUGGAUCAUCAAAACAAAAAUGAGCCUCACCCUCGAGAGCGGAGAGAUGUGCUGACUCUGGCUGAAGAAGAGUUAUCCAAUGGUAAAGGAAUAAGUGUCAAAGGCAUUCAUGAAAAUGAGGGCUCUGAAACUGUAAAAUUAGUCACAAGGAGCUUAGGUUCUGUUGACACAGAUGUGAUUGAAAACUCAGAGAAAGUUGUGUUAAUACUCUCUGAGGUAGGGGACAAGGAUCUAAAAAUGAAGAAUAAUGGAGAGAAUGAGACCUCAGACAAGUCGCAUUCCAGUCUGUCAGCUUCGAAGGCAGAUUUUAUUCUGGACGUUGAAGAGGAAUAUCAGUCUGCUAGAAAGUUAAGCCCCGAUUUUGGCAAUCAAAAGUCUGCCAAGUUUACCGCUAAGCCAGAACACAAUCUCGGAAAUAAAUUAAUUGAUGAAUCAACUCAAAACUUAGAUUUUAGCCCAGAUAUCCAAAAAUCUGACCAGUUUGCUAUAAAGUCAGAUUUUAAUUUUGAUAAUCAAAAGUCUGGUGGAUCUUCUGUUAAGUCAGUUGUUGAGCCAGGUUCUCAAAAAUAUGACGCCUCUAUCCCAAAAACAGAUUUAAACAUAAGCUUCCAUCAAAGCGAUGAAUCCGCUCCAAAGUCAGAUUUAAAUUUUGACAAUCACCAAGGUAUGCCUGAAGUGAAAACUUCAAAAUCCAUUCCAAGUUCUGAUUCUAAUUUGGUGAACUCACAGAGUCUUCCGGAACUCCAAAAUCACAACUCUGCUCCAAGUUCAGACUCCAAUCUAGGCAAUGAAAGGAAUAAUUCUGCUUCCAAGUUAAAAUCAAUGUCUGACAAUGCAUCAGGAGAUAUCACACUGAAAGAAACUUUGAGAAGUGUGAAUUCAGUCGAAAUGAAAGGAGUGGAUUCAUGUCCAAAAAAUUCAAGUGCUAAAAAAUCUAUUCAACCAAAUAGAACGUCAAACUCAAGCAAGAGUAAUUCAUCAGAUAAACUCUUGAAUAUUCAAGCUCCAGAUAGGCUGUCAAGUCCUGAUAACAUAUUUAAUGAUAUUGAAUCAGUGAACGUUGAAAUUAGCAACGCUUUUCACGAUGUUCCAAAAUCAUUCAAGCGUGACUUAAAAUCUGUCGAGCUUGUGGCUGAAAAUGACGAGCAAAUACUUGAUAACAUUCUUAGUGUAAGGAAAGAAAUAGAUUCUAUUAGUAAAACAAUUGAAAUUAAAAAUGACAGGUAGCAAUCAUCUUGAACGUAAUUAUGGUAAAGCGCUAUUUGUCAUUUGUAGCCUUUCAUCCUAAGAAGUUGGUCACAACAAAAUGCUAAAAACUUCAUUAACAAUUUGUUGAGAAAGUAAACUGUGAAGCUUUUGUGAAGUUUCUAUAAAAUCCAGAAAAAUUAGGAAAGUCCUAUGGCUGUAACGCAUGUAUUCUUGAGGCUUUGUUGAUCAUGUUUAGUUGAUGAGCAAAGUUGUUGGAUGUACCUCUGUGUAUAUUUUUAGUGCAACAGCAUAUUUCAACCCUAAGUUCCUCCUCAAAAGAAUUUCUUUAAAUCAAGGAUCAGUGAGCAUAUUAACCCAUCCCAUUAAGUUGAUAAUAUAUACUCAUUGUGCUGAGCUGGCCAGAGUCUCUAUUGAAGAGUCCAUGUUUCUUGGCAUCUUUCAUCUCUUUGAUCGAUUAUUUUCUAAUAGAGGGCUUACUUAAAACUGAUUCUAUCAUCUUUCAAUUUAGUUGAAACUCGGGCUGAAAUUCAAGAGUGCUCUAACUCUUUAUUAACUUUGAAUCAGAAGUCCAAACUUCUGAAUGCAAAAUGUCUCAAUAGAGUAGAAAACUUCUAUUGGAUUAUGAAAGACCCUAGGUAAGCCCUAAGAUCCCCAUAGUUGCAUUUGAAUUUUUUUUUUUUUUUUUAUAGAAUUAAUUUUUGAAGAGGUGCGAGAAAAAGGUUUUAAUACUCUGUAUGAUAGGCAGGUCUACCCUUAUACAUUCUUGUGCUGUAGUAUUUUAUCAAGAUAUUUUGGUUUUUUUGUACCUAUCCAAAUGCCUGACCUCAUUUUUUACUGGUCUUGGUAAUAUUUCAAUGUCCAUGGUUUUGACAAUCUUAAUUGAAGAAGACAAGAAAAACAUUUUAAAUGGCCAUUAUUUGUUGAUUUCUCACGUAGUAUAUUGUGAAUACUAACAUUAAAAGCCUCAUUGCCAUUGAAUGAGUUUAAGAAUUACAUGGAUAUCCAAAAUGAGCGUUUUGGCAUAAACAUAGUAACUUGUCAAACUGAUUGCAGUUUGAUGCACGCGUCAUUGAGACAAAAUGUCGGUGAUUUUGCCAACGUCCUUUAAUUUUCAGUAUAAAAUUGAUUUCUUCAUUAUAGAGAGAAAAAGCUCAUCAGAGCUCAAAGCAUAAAUUUUCUCUCAAGAGAGGUAUGCUGUUUGGUGCAAUAUCAGUGAAAACCAAUCAGAAAGUAAAAGUAGUUAGUCCUGGGGAAGGGAGGACAAAACUAAUUUUUAAAGGAGCGGGUAAAGUGUUAUCCUGAAAAUCUCAGGGAAAAAGGUUGUCUCAUAGGUUGUUUGUUUAUUUUAGCUUGUAUUUAAAAUAAGAGGCAACAGCUGAAUAUCCAAGAUUUUGAAAUGUUUGGUUGUUUGAUCUGCACAUAGUCGAUCUCCAAAUCAUGCUCAUGCAUCCAAUCGGUGUCACCUUUUCAGUCAAUAACAAUUACUGGAGCUUUAUUUAAAAAUUUGUGGUUUCUAAACUUUCAGCAGUGUUUAAAGGUUUUUGCAUUGUGUUACCAGUUGCAGAUAAAGUGAAUUACUUUCACUGAAACAAUUUUAAAAAAAUUCAAUUUCACUCUGACAGAGAAGAACAAAAUGUUCCUAAAAAUAUUCAAGUCAGGAAAACACUGCUUAAUGAACUGAAAGUUUGGAUUUUAACGCAUUUUUUCCCACCUUUCAUCCUAUUUCAAUGUGUAAUUCAAGCUGUAAAAAUUAACUUUUGAUCCUAGAAUGGUACCACAUGUGAUUUUGUACACCACCGGGGUAAUGGGUUGCCAAAAAAUUCAUUUACAUUGCAACUGAAUUAAAUCUCUCUUAUUUUUAUAUUAGUUUGAUUAGGUUUUGUAGCUUGCUUCAGUUAGAUUCUCAAUUUUGUUUCUAACAGAGUUGAAGGAGAAAAUUCAGUAAAUUACACCAGCUGUAUUUAAAGCUGUACCUUUGAAAUUUAACACCCAUGAAACUGUGAAUGGAUGCAACUGGUGGUUAAAAUGUUUAAUUUCAAUGCUUUCACGCAAAACAAAUCCUUCUCAGUAAUAUGAUUGGAAGGGAAUCAAUGUCAGCCACAGCUUUCUUACAUUAUUGCAGGACUCAGCAAAAUACCCUAUUUUACAAGUCGGCAGGAUUGUUAUCAGCCUUUUAUCCGGCUGUAGACAUUUUUAAGAAAUAAUUUAAAACCAGUUCACAUUUCCAAUCAGUCUCAGUUUAGGUAGAUUGCAGAAACGUCUAUGAUAUGGCUGUGGUAGUUGUAAUUUUUAGAAAUAUGCCUCCAAAAAAAAAAAAAAAUAUGAUAUAAUUGUUGUAAAUAUGUAAAUUUCCCUCAUUCAGUGUUGUAGGGUCCAAAUUUUUUCCUUCAAAACCUAAAUAUUCGUUCAGGAGGGAGGAUUGCAUUUUCAAUAAUGGAAGUAGAAUCGUAUUUAACAUGACUGAGACAGGCCUUAACGUAAAGCGGGGAGGUACAAAACUCCUUAUUGACUUUAUUUCAGCGGUUUUUCCAAAGAUUAAUUUUAAUGAUCUCAAAUCAUGUACUCUUGCAUGUACAUAUAUAGGUAAUAUGUAUAUAUUAAGUUUAUCUACAAUGAUGAAUCAUUGAGUGAUUUCUAGAUAUGAUACCCUGAUUCUGUCUCUCAUAUAACACUACUUUUGAUUUUUGGCUGAUAGUGUACAUUUUAUGUAAUUAUGUACAUGUUUAUAUGCAAAAGGAAAACUCAGUAUCUAACUGAAAUCAUUCCCUAGAAUUUUUGUGUCCGAGUUAUUGAAUAUUGAGUGAAACAGUUUAAUAAUUGGUGUAUCUGUUAGUGAAUAACUAAUUCCUUUUAGUUUUCUACGAUGUUAAAUAGUGUUGCAUUUAUUGUGUUGAAUCAAAAUGUCAUGUUAGGAAUUUAUUUUUUAUAACUCUUUAAAGUGAAAGUUGAUUUUUCAAGGAAUCUAAAAUUUCCAAAGUUUAGAAGAACACUCCUUUGUGAACGAAUUUAAAAUUUACAUCGAACUUAGUUAAAAUUAAUUAAUAAUACUAGCAAGUUCUCUCUUUUUUCAAGGAAUUUUAACCACAAUUAUCAUUCCAUUUUAGGCUUUGAGCAAAAUCUGUGAAAUCAAUCAGAGUCCGCUAAUCCUCAUUCAUAGGACACGUUCCUUUAGGUUUCAUUCUAAUAUUUAGCUUUAUGCAUUAGUCUUUCAUUUUCAAGCAUUGUUGCGUCAGUAUCUAUCGCUUUUGUAAAUAUGAUUGGUUGUACACUUUGAUGGAAUGUUUCGAUGGGUGACUUAGCAACUGAAAAAGAUUGAAAGUUGAGAAGCAUAUGUUUCGUGGUCUCAUCACUAGAGGCUUUUUGUUUUUUAUUUGUAGUAUUACAUGGUUUAAAGGACUCCUAGAACUACGUAAUUUUGAAUUUAUUAUGUAUUAUUAUUUCUUAUCAUCCUGUAAUAUUCUUUCCUUUGAUGGAUAUUUUUACUGUUUCAAUUUUUUCGUUUUAAUUUCCCUCAGCCUUGAGUACUGACAGAAAAUACAGUGUGUGCAAAAAAUAUGGAUACUUAUUAAUAUCUCAAGAACGUUUGCAGAUGCGGUUCGGGCGAAACUCGCUGAAAUAAAAACCAAAGGAGAGUUCAGGGCAACUUUUGAAAUUAAAAUUGGAGCCCCUGUCAUGUGAUACCUCGCUGGAAAGAACACAAAAUACUUUUAGUUAACCUCCCUCAAAAAAUUUGCGUAUUUUUAUCGAGGAAGUUUCAUCCAAACCCCACUUCAGUACCUAUAAUCGUUCUUGAAAAGUUAACAAGUAUCUUUCGCACACCCUGCAGAAAUAAAAUAUAGUAACAUUUAAAAACCACCCACCUCUCAACUUUUUUAUACACAAUUGUUAAAAUACAGUACCUAUUUCAUUCACCAUUGUAAGCGUGUAUAUUUAGUAUUUUUGCAGUUUAUACUUCUCAUUAUUUGCCAAACAUACUUUUGCACUCUUUUUCCAUCUUCCUUCCUUGAAAAAAGAGGGGAGGAAAUAUGUACCUUUUCAACGAAGCAAUAUCAAAUAUUUUUAACUUUGUAUGUGAUUUUUUAGUGAUUUUAGGCUUAGUCUCAUUGUGGAAGUUUUAUUUUCAGCAUCGGUCGACCUCCUAUCAAUGUUAAUGUAUAUUGUCAAUUUACAUCUACCAUUGAGCUCUACUUAAGAUGUACCCAUUUUGUUCCUGUUAUUAGUCUUAGAAAAUUAAUAGAAUUAAUAACAUCAAUUGUUAGAUUUCUCCUCAGAUAUAUGUCUUUAAUGGUUCACUCACUCUGUUCUCUAUAUAGUUUUUUGUAAAUUUUGGCGAAAAAGCUACCUGUGAGCGUUUUCAGGGUGCAGUCAACUUAUUCUCACUGUCUGUCACUGGUGGACUAUUUGGUUCGUUUGAAAGCACCCAAAAGUUGAUCAGCAUGAGAAAGAGUAAAAAGAUAGUGUUAACAGUAGCAAGAGAAUUUUUUAAGUUUGUGUUACCUCGACAGAGUUUAACAGAAGAGCAUUUACACACAUCAAGAUAAAAUUGGAAAAAAGAAGCAUGAAGUUUUAUUCAUACAUGAGCAAUACUCAUGACUGAUGUAAUUAUGCUCUAAUUGGACUAUAUAGUCUGACAGGUUCAGGUUGCAUCGGAGGGCCGUCGCAUUUUCAGCCUCUCUCUAAUCAGUCGAAUUUUUUUUCUUUUUCUUUUUUUUUUGGCAAUUCGAUCAGGAAACAUGCCUUUUUAAUAUCUAAUUAUUUCACCAUUUUGUGGCUAAAUCAGUGAUUUUGAAACGACUAAAUAAGUUCUGUAAAGCCCUAACUAAAUCCAGAAUGCUGGUGCUGUUCGCAGGUGCUUUCAUAUCAAUUUUUUAUUCCUGUUUCUAAAUUUUGUAUUUGAGCUUAAAAUUGUAUGCAGGUAUGAGUGCAGCUUGUAUUCCAUGUAGUGUGUACAAUUAUGUGGGUUUGUUUCUCAACAGUAUUUUUAACCAAGCAUUAAUAAAUUUAAACCCUUUUCUCCUCAAAAAAAUAAAGAAAAGGAAAAAUAUUAUUCCCCCUCAUAAGGUACGAAACACAGCCUCUGCUAGCAGCUGCUCUAUUUGUAAGCUGAAAAUGGUAUUUUUACAUUUUAAGCGUCUCAUUUAGUAUUCAAAAUUCAUCGUAGAUGAAUUCAUUGUAGAUGAAUUUUGAAUUGAAAACUGAUUGACUUUAGAAUUAACAAUUGAAAACUGAAAAAUUGACCGUUGAAAUUCAACAAUUUGAGUAUUAACUUACAGUUUAGAGCCCAAUUAGUAGCUGCUUGGGUUGAACGUAUGGUCUAUCAAGGAGAUGUUUAAAAGCGAAGAGGAUUAGGUUUAUCAAAAUCCAUGAAGAGGAUCGUAAAAAAUGUAAAAUUCACGAAUAAACGUAACAUAGUAUUCGUAAAAUCUGCAAUGACUCUUUAAAAUAUAAAUAUUAUUCUAAAAUCUGGUCCUCUAUCCUGAGAAGGAAUUGAUUAUUCAGUCAUUUUAAAGGUAUUUCUGAAGUUUUUACUAAACCCUUGUAGUUUUAUUCGUGCAGAUAUGACUAUACGGCUUUAUUCAGCACUACUCUACAUCGCACCCUGUGCAUCUCAUUUUUUUGAGAGUAGCAGCAUGUUUUACUCAAGGCUGAAAAAGGCUUGUUUGUUCAGGCAUUACUUUUUUUGAGUUUGAGAUUGUGUUUCAUGAAUUAUUGUUUAUCAGGGCUAAAAAUUUGACCAUUUAUACUCUCAUGAUCAGCAUUCAUUCUGAUCUUCUGCCAUUGGUCAGAGCGAUUUUGCCUACAGGGUAUUGUACCUACACUAUAAAUUUGCUGUUUUUAUGUAGAGAGUGUUUAUCCAGUGUUGUGGAUAAACUUUAACCACAUUGUGUGCAUUAGGAUGAAUGUGCAUUAGGAGAACCUUCCUGUGUUUUUAUUUAUAUGUUGUGUAAAUUCACUCAAUACAAUUUAUUUAUUAUUUUA